CUCUGACUCCUCUCUUUCCUCUCCUCUCUUUCUCUCAACUUUCCCCUCUCUCAUAACUUUUUUCCAUUCUUUUUCAUACAAUGCUUCGCGCGACCCGGUUCCUCAAGAAGGGUGCUGGUGCCAUCACCCGGAUAUCUGCCACCAGCAAGCACGUGCUGCGCUCCAGCGCAACGCAGCAGCGCCCGUACCACCAGGCGGGCCCCGAUACGUCAGAGAAGGAGACCAUCGUCAAGCUGCUGUACAACAUUGGCUCGAAGAAGGAGGUCGAGCAGUACCUGCGUCACUUUUCGUCGGUCGAGUCGCAGAAGUUUGCAGUGAUCAAGGUGGGCGGGGCCGUGAUCUCCGACGACCUGGCAACCCUGGCCUCGGCGCUGACGUUCCUGAACCGUGUGGGCCUGUACCCGAUUGUGGUGCAUGGCGCCGGCCCGCAGCUCAACACGCGCCUGGCGGCUGCCAAUAUCGAGGCGCGGUACGAGGACGGCAUCCGGAUCACCGACGGGCCGACCCUGGCUAUUGCGCGCGAGGUGUUUGCCAGCGAGAACCGCAAACUGGUGGAAGCCCUGGAGCGCCUGGGCACGCGCGCGCGGCCGAUCACCGGCGGCGUGUUCGUCGCCGACUAUCUCGAUAAGGACAAGUACGAUCGCGUCGGCAAGAUCGUCAAGGUCAACCGCGAGGUUGUCGAGAGCUCGAUCCGCGCCGGCUGCCUGCCCAUCCUGACCUCGCUUGCCGAGACCCCCGAAGGCCAGAUCCUCAACGUCAACGCCGACAUUGCUGCUGGUGAGCUGGCGCGUGUGCUGGAGCCGCUCAAGAUUGUGUAUCUGAACGAGAAGAACGGGCUCUACAACGGCACCACCGGCAAGAAGAUCGAGACCAUCCACCUGGACGAGGAAUACCAGGAUCUGCUCAAGGAGCCGUGGGUCAAGUAUGGCACCAAGCUGAAGCUCAAGGAGAUCAAGGAGCUGCUCGACACCCUGCCGCGCAGCUCGUCGGUUGCCAUCAUCUCGGCCGAGCACCUGCACAAGGAGCUGUUCACGCACUCGGGCGCCGGUACCCUGAUCAUGCGCGGCCACCGCCUGUUCUGUGAGCAGGACCUGGCCAAGGUCGACUCGGACCGUCUGCGUGCCCUGUUCAAGGAGCACGAUCCGGCCAUUGCCUCGGGCGAAACCACCGCUGCAUCGUACUGGCAGGAGCUGGCCCAAACCAAGAAGAGCGGCGGCCAGUACUGGGUCUACGGCGACGAGCCGUACCAGGUAGCUGCUGUUGUCGUGCGCAAGCCAGGCCAGACCGUUGGCGUUCUGGACAAGUUCAUUGCGACAAAAUCUGCACUGAUCACACGUGAUCACUCCAAGCUGGUGUGGCGCGUGCCGCGCGGCGACGACAACCUGUCGUGGCACUUUGAGCGCGCCGACGGCAGCUGGGCCAUUGGCGACGAGAUUGUCUUCUGGUACGGCAUCAAGGACUGGAGCGAGGUCUCCAGCAUCCUGGGCACCGCUGGCCCCACUGCUGCUGCUGGCGCUGCCCCACAGGCCAAGGCUCCUGCGGGCACCCGCACCUACUCGACCAUGGCUCGCCGCAUGGCUGUGCGCAAUGCCGCGCCCAGCUCGCGUCGCUCCUACUCAACUGCCUCCCCCGGCUCGCCUCUGCGCGUUGGUCUGAUCGGCGCCCGCGGCUAUACCGGCCGCGAACUGAUCAGGCUCAUUGACAGCCACCCCCGCUACGAGCUGGCCUAUGUCUCGUCGCGCGAGCUGGCCGGCAAGCCCGUGCCGAACUACACAAAGUCGCAGCUCGACCACGUCAACCUGAGCGCCCAGCAGGUCGGCGACAUUGCCAAGAACGGCCGCAGCGACGUCGACGUGUGGGUGCUUGCGCUGCCGAACGGCGUUGCGUCGCCCUUUGUUGCUGCCAUUGACGAGGCCACUGCAUCACUGCGCGCUGAUCAGCAGCCGGUCAUUGUUGAUCUGUCUGCCGACUACCGCUUUGACUCAUCCAAGCGCUGGGCCUACGGCCUGCCUGAGCUGCACCGCGAGAAGCUUGUUGGCUCGACCACGGGGCGCAUUGCCAACCCGGGCUGCUACGCGACCGGCUCGCAGCUCGGCAUCGCCCCGCUGCUGCCAUAUCUGGAUCCGACCCGGCUCCCCUCGGUGUUCGGCGUCUCGGGCUACUCUGGCGCUGGCACCAAGCCGUCGCCCAAGAACGACCCUGCGUUCCUGAAGGACAACCUGAUCCCCUACUCCCCCGUCAACCACAUCCACGAGCGCGAGAUCGGCUACUCGCUGACCCGUGCCGCCAAGCCCGAGUAUCCGUUCAACGCCGCAAACCCGCUGAAGGUGCAGUUCACACCGCAUGUCGCAUCCUUCUUCCAGGGCAUCGGCCUGACUCUGCACGUGCCCCUGCGCCUGUCCAUCACCGCCAAGGACGUCCACGAGCUCUUCAAGGAGUUCUAUCGCGGCGAGCGCCUGGUCCAUGUCACCGAGACCGCCCCGCUGGUCCGCGACAACGCCGAGAAGCACUACGCCGUUGUCGGUGGCUUUGCGGUGCCGCCCCAGAGCGACGGUGCUGCAGGUUCCGUGAGCCUUGCCGAGCGCCGCGUGGUCGUCAACGUCACCCUCGACAAUCUGCUCAAGGGUGCCGCCACCCAGGCCAUCCAGAACAUGAACAUUGCGCUGGGGCUCGACGAGUACGCUGGAAUUCCACUGCAGGAGGAGCCGGCGAUCUCCCUUGCCUAG